AUCCAUGGUUACUUGAUAAUGAUCAUUUUUCUUCUCCAUUCGAUGAAUUUAUGACUUCAAAACAAGAUGUUCAUUCAAAUCCUUUCCAAGCGAUAGAUGAUCUUGUAGAUAUGUCGAUUGGAGCUACUGAGGCGAUGUUAGAUUCUUUAAAUUUUGAUAACUUUAAUGAUGAGGAUUCUUCUGUUACUACCAUUGAAAUUACCAUCGUAGGGUCACCUGAUUUGCCAAGUAACGAAAUUGAAUUUCCUGAAAUAGAUGAUAUAUCGAAGAUAACUCUAGAUGACGAGUCUAUUCAAGAUCAGCAAAAUGAGCAAUAUGAUCCUUUUAUGGAUUUGUCAUUCCAAGGUUGCGAACCUGACGACGAAAACUCGAUGAUUCCUACUAUUGUUUCUCUAGAAAUUCCUCAGGAUUCAUAUUCAUAUAAAGGUGAUAACGGUGAUAAUGAUGAUGAAAACGAUUCAUUCUUCAACCAAUCCAUUUUAGAUUAUCUGUUUAGCCCAUUGUUUGUGAUUUUUAUAGUUGUAGCUGCUUUAGUGGCCGUUAUUCCUGUUAUUCUUAGCAUAAUAAGAGGAAAGAAAGAAAAAAAAUACGAAUAUUUUGUUGUUCACGCUACUGAUGAAUGUCAAACUGCAGAUUUAGAAAGUGCGACAUGUGUAAAGAAAUAA